CGCACCUCGAGUGCUGCCUUCAGUUAACCGUAAAGUAGACAUUGAGGUGGUGGAGCGGGUCCGUAGAAGGGCAGCAGAGCUGGUGAAGGGUCUGGAGCACCAGGUCUGAUGAGCAGCUGGGGGUGUUGGGGUUGUUCGGUCUGCGAGGGAGGAGGCUCAGGGAGGGCGCAGCCAGGUGGGUGUCGGCCCCUUCUCCCGGGCAACAAGCGACAGGACAAGAGGACAUCGCCUUAAACUGGGCCGGGGAGGUUGAGGUUGGACAUUCGGAAGAAUUUCUGCGCAGAAAGGGAGAAGAGACCUUGGAAUGGGCUGCCCAGGGAGCUGCUGGUGGAGUCGCCGUUCCUGGAGGAGUUUAAGGGAAGCCUGGACGUGGCACUCGGUGCCAUGGUCGGGUACACGGCGGUGAUCGGCCACGGGCUGGACUCGACGGCCCCAGAGAUCUUUUCCAAUCGAAUUGAUUCUGUGCUUCUGAGGUUUUUUUUCCUUUGUAAUGUUUUCUUAUGUAGGUGAGAAGAAGCUUGGAACAGUGAUCACCCCUGAUACAUGGAAAGAUGGUGCAAGAAACACUACAGAAAGCGGUGGUCGCAAAUUAAAUGAAAACAAGGCAUUGACCUCAAAGAAAGCAAGGUUUGAUCCUUAUGGAAAAAACAAGUUUGCAAUAUGUCGGAUUUGUAAGAGUUCUGUCCAUCAGCCAGGGUCCCACUAUUGUCAAGGAUGUGCCUAUAAAAAAGGCAUCUGCUCAAUGUGUGGCAAGAAGGUCUUGGAUACGAAGAACUACAAGCAAACGUCUGUCUAAUUGUAUUGACUAAUCUUUUUAUGAACUUUGCCUUCUGUGUCUUUGUACAGUAACUUUUCUCUAAAAUAAUUUGUGAAUAUUACUUUCUGGAAGAUAGUACAUUUACUUGGAAUGAGAUGUAAAGACAGCCUGCUUGCCUAAAAUGUACAUAUUAUUUGAUUAUUAUUGUUUUAGCACUAAUAUUAACCGGUAUUUAAAGGUAAUGGCUUUCAGCAGCUGAUGCAGUUCAAAGGGAAGGAGAAGAUCCAAGUGCAGAGAUGGAAACUAUCUUACCUUCAGAAGACAGAUCUUUGAGAUGAAUACUUUUUUUCCCCUAGAACAAGUGUUCUUAUGUCAUGGUAAUUUUUAGAUGUAUAAACUAUGAACUUGUAUCACCUCAUUAAAGUAUCUUAAUUGUAUGCCUAUAAGUAUUUAUAAUUAUUCUCAUCCCAAACUAUUAUGAGCUCGCUCUUUAGAUUUGAAUGAAUUUUCCUGUUGUAUUUUGUUUCUGACUACAGUACGGUUGGUUAAAUCACAAAUUGUUAAGCUAGUGAAAUCUGGUGUGUUGCCCUGCCAGUUCUUUCUUUGGCAUCAUUGUGGUUUGGCCCCAACCAGCAACUAAGCCUUACGGAGCUGCUCCCUCACUCCCCCACCGUCAGGACUGGGGACAGAAUUGGAAGGGUAAAAGCUUGAAAAUCUGUGGGAUAAAGACAGUUUAAUGGGGAAAACCAAACCAAGAAUUAAUUCACUACUUCCCAUGGGCAGGCAGGUGUUCAGCCAUCUUCAGGAGAGCAGGGCCCCAUCACCUGUUAUGGUUUGUGAAGAUAAACUCAUCACUCAGAAUGUCCCUUGUUCCUCCCACUUUACCACUGAGCAUGGUGUCAUAUGGUCUGGACUAUCCCUUUGGUCAGUUGGGGUCACCUGUCCUGGCUGUGUCUCCUCCCAGCCUCCCAAAUAGCCCCAGCUUGCUCACCAGUGUGGCAGUACCAAAAGGCCUUGGCUCUGUGUAAGCCCUGCUCAGCAGUAACAAGCACAUCUCUGUGUUAUCAACUCUGUGUUCAGCACUAAUCCAGAGCACAGCACCAGUGAGCCACUAACAGUGAAGAAAGCUAACACCACCCCAUCCAAAAGCAGCACAGGUGUUAGGAUUGAUCAGCUAUUCUCUUGUUAGCCUCCAAGGAGACUUUACAUAUGGUAUCCCAAGGCAAUAAAAUAAUGAGCAUCAUUGUCUAAAUAUCUCAGUCUCAUAAUUUUCUAAGUUAGUCUGUCUUUUAAACACUUGAUGUAAUUGUUUAUGUACAUGUCAAAUUUAAAAGAUCAAAGCAGACAGCCUGCUUUUCAGCUCUGGUUUGAUACAAGAAGUUAGUCUCUGAACAUGAGAGGUUGACUGUGGCUCUGCAAUUCUUUUGCCCUUUGCUUAGUUUCUACCUAUUAAAGUAAUUUCUGUUAUGGAGCGUAAUAAUUACUCCUUCUGCAUGUAUUUUAAGAAUAAAGAAUCAUUCAUUCUUAAUUCAUGGUUAAUUCUUCAUUCUGAAUUAAUUCUUAAUUUAGAGCAAAGAAUUAUUAAUUCUUAAUUCAUGGUGGAGUUUUUACUAGACCUAUUUAAGUGUUUACUCCUCCCUGCAACCUCCUCUUGGCAAUUUCAUGCUUCUGCAACUGUCUUUCAGCUGUUACAGAAAAACUAUCAAUGGGAAUUUCACUAUGAACAGAUACUCUGUUCUGGGUUUCCUUUUGUUCUCAUAUUAUUACAGAGGGAACUGCAUCAUUAAUGGAAACUGAAAAAAUGACUUCUUUCUGUGGGGCAAAAUGAAGAACACUGAGCAUAUAGUCAAGCUGUAGUUGUUCUGAGAGUAGCCCUCUAAAAGGGAUUGUCUGACAUUUCCUGUCAUCCUUAACUAUCCAUUGUUGAGCAUUUAUCACCAAAGUUUCUCUUUCAAACGUGUUGGCUUCCUGAAGUUCCUAAAGAAGUAAUUAUUUUUGGCAUUUUAUAUUUGCUGAGAAGGUUUUCCAGGAUAGUGGAAUGAACUGGGCCUCCCAAAAAAAGAGAGGAAUGCUGCUGCUUUUUUUUGUAAAAGCUUUUCCUACUGUAACACCUGCAUGGAGGUACAUGGAUUAGCUAGCUGGUCAUACAUAGUCUGAUGGUGGCCACUUGUUUUCUAACACAUCAAGGAAUUCUCAUAUUAGUGUAUAUCUCUAUGACACAUCCUUUAUAUGACUGAGAAGAAAAUGUCUGUAACUGGCUUCAAGUUUUGCAGUAAAUCUUUUCAGAAGUGUGUUUGACAAUUUCAGGUGGCAGGUUCUCCAAUAAUCCC